AUGUCCCCAGAUGAGGCCAAGCUGUUCCGCCUCUACGGAAAGCUCCCCAACAAGAAGGACCUGCUCCAGAACAAGCUGAAGGAGCGCAAGUACUUCGACAGCGGCGACUAUGCCCUUUCCAAGGCCGGCAAGGCCGGAGACGUCGGCGUCACCCAGGUCGGCCGCGAGCACCCCAAUCCCGAGAAGAUCCCCCAUAUUGCUCCUCCUACACCCAAUGGCUUGACUCCGGUCAACAGCAACGGCCAGGAGAACAAGGUCGGCAGCCCCGUCAAGGAGCACCCCUUCAUGCACCGCGAGACCAGCCUGCACCGCGAGACGUCGGCGUCAGAGUUCGAGAACGAGACACCGGUGCCGGACACAGAGGACGCUCAGGUCAAGGCAUAG